AUGAGCGAGUGCCUGGGGCCGCAGUCGGCCAGCAUCGACGCGCUGGGCGGACAGGCAGCAUGAGCGAAGUGAAGCGGCUCGACUCGCCGCUGACCAAGCGCAUGGACGACUUCGGCCCGGUGGUGGAGACGCUCCGUCCGAACGCGAAGAUCUCGUCUUCGGAGAUGCAGGCCGUCAUGGGGAGCGACGAUUGCCUGAGCGACGGGGACGGUGUGGAUGGAGAAGGUGAAGGGUUCACUACCCUCGUCGUCGACGUCAGGGAGUUCAGCCAUCGGUUUUACUUGAUGUGGGACCUCAGGCGCGUGUUAGGAGGCUCUCUGGUCAUGGGCGUGCGCCUCCUCUCCAGUGUCUUUCUUGUCCACGCGUGCUGGUGA